GGCCGAUGUAAUCGCGACAAGCCACCCUGCAAAUAUUUCCAUCCACCACAGCACCUAAAGGACCAGCUUUUGAUAAACGGCCGCAAUCACUUGGCCCUGAAGAAUGCGCUGAUGCAGCAGAUGGGUCUCACACCGGCCCAGCCGCUCGUGCCUGGCCAGGUACCGGCAGUGGCGACGAAUCCGUACCUGACCAGUAUGCCGCAGGUUGGCAACACGUACAGCCCGUAUUUCGCACCCAGCCCCAUCAUGCCGGCGAUAAUGGGGCCGGCGGAUCCAACUGGAGUAGGAAGUCCUCUCGGCGUGGUGCCGCAGACAGUAGCGAUGCCGCAGAAGAUGCCACGUACCGACCGCCUCGAGGUAUGUCUACCACCAAACUACAUUCAACAACAACAACAGCAACAACAACAGUCACAACAACAGCAUGGGGCCCAACAAGGCGCAGCCGGGGCCUCAAGGUGCCCGAUGGCCGCUCCCAGUACCGUGUACCAAGUGCCGGCCGGUCCCCCCAAUCAAGUGUCGCCCGUUUCCACGAUGCAAUCUGUCAAUCAUCCACCAUCCCCUACCACGAUCACCACUACCUCCUUUUGUACUCCCUUGCACAACCCUCAUGCCCACCAUCACCCGAUCCAUAACCUGAUCUACGUCCACGCGUAUUACUGAAGUCGACCGGUGCUUUCCAUUCUUUGUUUCUUUUCUUCUUUUUUUAAUUUCUUACUUCCGACGCGGCUGUUUUGUUUCGUCGAGUCACCAUUCGACUUUACUCAAUGUAGAAGUAGGUGAGAGGAGACCAAACAGCUCGUUCAUCUGAGAUUUUAAGCGAUGAGGCUUGACCUUUUGUGAUAACUUUCCGAAUAUCGUUUCAGAUUUCAAACGGACCGAACCUUGAUUUGUCCUUCAGUACAAUGGGGACACUGACCAGAGCAUAUUUCCAAUGCACUAACGAUUGCCAUAAAUUUCCUGAAAUAUUCCCGAUUCAUAUUUUUCGCAAUUAUUUGCAGUCUUCGAAUUUUUCAAACUAGAACGACGGUGUCCUGGCGUUACGCAAAUACCACGCCUCUUACACAAAUACAAUGCUCUGGUUAUGUUCGCUGGAUACCAACAUAUUUUUUUUCCAAUCGCAUUGCGUCGAUGCGAAAAAUAUCCGAUAAUUCGUCGUCACCGAAGGUCAAGAUACUUUCAUCGGACCAUCUUAAAAGUCCGAUGCAGACCAGCUGUCUCCUCGGAGGUCCACUUGCGCGCUGGAAACAUUAUUUUCAAGUAAUUUGAGCCGACUAGUCGCGCGAAUAUGUGCUUUGAUUAAAGUAUUUUUUCGAUACCGUUCAGAUUUCGAAGGAAAGGGAGUUGAUCCGAGAAAGAAAAAAAGAAAAAUGAAACUGAGAAUCUGUGUCAGGCGUUUUUAAUAGAACAAACGGGAAAAUACCUGGGCUGGAAAUCAGUGAUCGCUCUCGUUGAUUCUCCUGAAAAUACAGGGACGAGCAUCUAACAGAAAAGCUAUAUAUUUCUACACAUUUAUUCACGGCAGUGGACAUAAUGCACGUAUAUUUGGUGAAACAGGUACUAUGAUAUUCUUCUAUGAUAUCAUUUUUUUUUUUAUUAACGACGUACGUUUCCUCGUAUCGAAAAGCUGUCUACUAGCCGUGAAACGCGAUCGAUGGAUCACAAUUGAUUUUAUAUUCUUUUCCGUUACGUCCGAGGACGGAGUAAAGAACGGUAGAAAGCGGUCCUUUAAAAACUUGUAACUUCUCCGAUUGUUAGACAGUGGAUUUUUAUGCAAAAUAAGAAUAACUUCCAUCGAAUCGUUCAACAAUUCCGACGUAACACACGAAUGAAAUGUUUUUUAGCUUUUUUACUUAUUUGAAAUUAACUAUACUAGAGCAGAUAUCCAAAUUACUGCCACCUUAAUCGCGUAACUUUAGUUAAUUAUUCAGAAGUUGUUUAACCUAAAUUCCAUUGCAAUUUGCAGAAUAAUAAUGCGUGAGAUCUCUUUUAUUGAAGACAUUUUUUUAUGUAAUAAACAUUACGUGCUAAUUGUUAAUGAAUUGAAAAUUUACAAGGAAGUGCAAUGUAUCUAUAAUUGUCAUUAAAAUAAUCGUAGUUAUUUUUAAUCGUCAUCGAAAAUAGAUAAUUGUAUAUAAGUACAAGCAACAUGAAAGAAAUUACACGAUUUCAAUCAAACAUAUUUCAAACAUGUCGACAGAAUAAAAGAACGCCACUACUAAUUAUUAUAUACCAACGAUAAAAGUCACUCUUUUCGCGCUAUGAAUGAAAUAAAUCGCACUCGUACUUUUCACAUGCUAAUGGCAAAUUCAUCUUUUAAUAUUAAUUUAUAUUUAUACAAUUGCAAUAUGUUUCCCUAUUAUUACCUAAAACGGAGCCCAAGUUUAGCAUUAAAAUUUCGUUUCUCUACGAUUCUCCACGCAUUAUUCCACUAUUAAGUAAAACAAUCAAAAUGACAGUUAUAGCGACAUUGACAGUAAUUGGGACAUCUACCCUAAUUAUUACACAUUGAUGAAACGUGUAAAUUUGUCAAAUACAAGAAUGCUUGUUAAAAGUUAACGAAGUCUAGUGGCGCUAUUUUCUUUUUACAAUGAGUAAUUAACGAAGGAAACUUUCUUACGAUUGCAAUGUUUUUCAAAUGAAUUUGCAUAAAGAUCCGCAGUCUACUGACCGGUUCUAUGCGGUACCCACACUAUCACGUUGAAUUGCUCGGACCGUGGCGGAGAAAUACGGCGUCCAAUACUACUGUCCAAACGAUAGCCUUAAAUUUCAAGUAGUAUUAGCACGAAGACGCGUAUUCCCGUCUACAAUCGGAAUGAUUCGGCAUGGUAAUGGGAGCAGCGCAGUUUAGUUGGGCCGAGCUGAUCUCGAAAUAUCCGAAAACCGCGGCGGGCAAUUUAGCAGAGCGUAGGAAGCUUCUUCGGCUUCUUACCCGCACUGCGUGCGUGCAGUAUUGCAUCUUGCACAUUUUCCUACAGAACCGUCGAACUUGUUCCAUCAACUAUACGAAUUGUGGACGCUGUCGAUGGUUUAGCUUUGUACGAAUCGUGUCGCAAGAAUGAACACGGGCUUCGUGUUUUCGAUCGCAGUCGGGUCGCGUUUGUUCGUCCGAAUCCCAUCGAUAUCAUAACCGUACCGAUAUUUAACGAAUAUGAUAUCGGCACGAGAUGAACCGCGCGGAACCAACAAUUUCACGAGUCGCUUGCAACCGGGCGAACUGCGACGAAACGAAGUUCGCUUAAACGACGAGUCGAACGCGGAACAACAAGUCGCAUUUCUCGGCGAAGAGAUGAAGGGGAGCGUGUAGAAUGAAACACGAACAUGGCUACACGAUUCAUAGAUACUCAUAGUAAUUUAUCUUGUGGUUAACGUAGAAUGCGGCGAAACGUUUCGAUUAAGAGGGAGCAUUACACGAGAUAGGAAUAGAGCUCCGGGCUAAUCAUGGAGAUUACCUUUGCGGAGGUUGUAUAUCGAUAAGAUUAACACAUACUAUAAUGGCAACGACGAAACCGUGAUGAUAAUUAUGAUUAUAUUAUUAAAUUAUUAAAAGUACGCAAGUGUGGCAGGAUGUAGGUCGGCUCAGAAGUGUGCAACAUAUUCGAUCGGCUCAAUGAUCCAUUGUUUUGGGAAGUUGGGGGUCAAACGUUUGUUCCUUCAAGUGAGAUAAGUCGUCGAGGAUGAGGUGGCGUUUGCAAUCCUAUCGGUUAGAAUUAUUUCAAUUAAAAUUGACCGUUUAACAAAUUAAUGUGAACUCGUAAUGGUUGUUAUGUCAUUCGGCGAUUUACUGGUACUAUUUAUACAAUUUAGUGCUCGAAUCGAAGACAAACCAGACUGUCGAAGUUCUUUGAACUACUCGCAUUUACAUAAACAUCAAAGGUACAUCGAACCUCCUUGAAAACAACUUAAAGUUUCAACUGCAAUUCAUUUUGACCGUCUAAAUAUUGCUUUCUACAUGAACGUUUACUUGAUUCUUGAAAUGAAUUAAAAGUUACGCAGAAACUUGCUGUUCCAACUCUGU